CGCUUGCUCCCUUGUGCUUCUUGACCGGUGGUGGUGGGUUCUCCUCCCCCGCGCGCGGCGAUGGCCGCCGGCCUCCUCCUCGGCGACGCCACCGCCCUGCGGGGCGACCUCACCGUCCGCGGGCCCCAGCUCCGCCUCUGCAACUGGGCCCCCAGGCCCCGGUGGCGGCCGCCCGGCGCCGGCGCGGCGGACUCCUGUUGUCUCCUCUUCCGUGCGCGCGCGCGCCGCCGUGGCCACGGCCAUGUGGCCAGGUUUGCGGCGUCCGCUUCGGGGGCCGGCGGCGAGGAGGCCGGGGAGCCGUCGGAGGACGAGGCGCAGAGGGAGUGGGAGGCGGAGAUGGCGCGGCGGCUGAAGGAGGCCGAGGAGAUGGAGGAGCUCGAGCGCACCGCCGAGGAGCUGCAGAGCCAGGCCGCCGCCGAGGCCCCCGACGAGUCCGAGGAGGAGAAGCGCGAGCGCGUCCGCCGCGAGCUCCAGAAGGUGGCAAAGGAGCAAGCAGAGAGGCGGGCGACGGCGAAGCAAAUGUUUGAUUUGGGGCAAAGGGCCUACGGAAGAGGAAUGUAUGGCCGCUCUAUUGAAUUCUUGGAGGCUGCACUCACAAUUAUUCGCCCUUCAUCGCUCCUUGGUGGGGAGAUCCAAAUUUGGCUUGCAAUGGCGUAUGAGGCCAAUAGGAGGCACAAGGAUUGCAUUGCACUGUACAAAGAGUUGGAGAGUACACAUCCAAUGAUCAGCAUUAGGCGGCAGGCAGCGGAACUCCGGUACAUUUCUGAGGCACCCAAGCUGAAGAUCUCCAAUGACGAGGUGGUCACAAUACCACAAAUUGGAUCUAGUUGGGAUUGGUACGCUGGAACAUGGAGUGACAAAAUCAAGGAGCAGGAGGACAAGAAAAGGAAAAUGGUGGCUGCCAGCAGCCAAGUUGAACCUUCGCCAAAUAUCUUUGGUGACUUAUCUUUCUUGCGACCUCCAACGGAAUGGACAAGGAGCGCAUGGGUGAUUGUUACUUUAUGGAUUGUUUUGAUUGGAACAGCAAUCUAUUUGCAAAGGUGAGGAAUAACUGCAACUAUGAAAGAAGCUACUCCAUUCUUGUAUAUGAAGAUGUCUUGCUGGUAAGGAGGCAACAAUUGAAGGAAGCUAGCUGGGCGGAUUUGGAGUUAUACUUAUGACUUACUACUAGAUUGAAGGGAGAUCUGGAUCGUCUGCAACGGUGCAGCCUGCAGAGAUUCACUGUGUGGACGGUAAUUUGAAUCGCACGCUAUAGCUGUAGCAAUGCGUUGUGGAAACAGUUUACAGUUUUAAGAUUUUACGGCAGCAAUGAAUAAAGGUUUCCAAAUCACCUUUCUUCAUGUAUGCUGUAGCAAGAUUUUACGGUAACAAUGAAUACUGUUUCCAGACCACAGUUCAGUUAACGUAUGUUGUAGUAGCAAGUUGAUGUGAACCGGUCCUUGUAAAUAUAACGGUGGAGAUGAGGCCCGUAGCUAGUCGCAUCGCCGAAGUCCACAGCACCAAUAUGUUAUAUUUGUUAGUCAAAA